ACAAAGCUGUGCCCUUUCUCUUUGCUAUUGGCAGCCAAAGUGACAGUAGCCACAAACACGGCACGACACAGAGGACAAAACGCACCGUUUUUGGUUUUCUCAAUCCCUGAAACCCUACAAGCUUCUCACUUUCUUCUCUUUUCCUUAACAUAAAACCAAGUCGUAAGCAUUUUUUUUUUCUUCUUCUAUUUUCUCAGCAUCCGAACAGAGAAAAUUUUGAUCAAAAUAAAGAGUUUUGGUCUAAAUGGGUAGUAAGAAAAGAAGCUCCAGUUCAGUAGAGGAAGAAGUAGAGGGUAAAAUAGAUGCAGUUACAGAUAAUGUUGUUGUUCCAAAUCCAUUGGAGAAGAAGAAAAUGAAAAUGAAAAAGGAUAAGAAAGUAGAUGAAACUUUGCCCGUUAAACCCAUGGAGAGAUUUAAGAAGAGGAAAGCAUUGGACAAAGAGAGAAGGCAUGCUGCAGUUUCUGAAAAUGAAGAAGAGCUGAAAAAGCCCAAACAAUUGUGUGUAGAGUCUGUAGCGGGUGAAGAUCAUGCACCUGUGGCGUCUUCUUCGAGUAGUGGUUUGCCCGAAUUUCAUAUUGAUGUUUUUAAGGACUUAGCACUGGCGGAUGGUAAAGUAAGGGAGGCAGCUGCUGAAGCAAUGGUGAAAGAGUUACAGGCAGUUCAGGAAGCGUAUGAGAGGAUGGAGAAUAAGGAUUUUGUUGAGGUUGGAUUGAAAUUGGAGGCUGUAAAGGAUGAUGGCUUGAAAAAUUGUGCACCUUCUGUGAGAUAUGCUAUUCGUAGGCUAAUCCGUGGAGUUUCUUCAUCAAGAGAGUGUGCAAGACAAGGGUUUGCAUUAGGUCUGACUAUUUUGGUUGGUUCAAUACAAAGUUUAACACUGGACUCAUUACUGAAACUCAUAGUUGAUUUGUUAGAGGUCACAUCAUCAAUGAAGGGUCAGGAAGCAAAGGAAUGCCUUUUGGGUCGCUUAUUUGCUUAUGGUGCACUUGCCCGAUCUGGAAGACUAACUAAAGAGUGGAAUUCUGAUAAAAAUACUUCAUUCAUCAAGGAAUUCACUGGUAUUCUUAUCUCCCUUGCUUCGAAGAAGCGAUACUUGCAAGAACCUGCUGUUUCAGUUCUUUUAGAUUUGAUUGAAAAGUUGCCCAAGGAAGCAUUGUUGAAUCAUGUUCUUGAAGCUCCAGGACUGCAUGAGUGGUUUGAAGGAUCUACCGAAGUAGGAAACCCAGAUGCAUUACUCUUAGCUUUGAAACUUCGAGAAAAAAUUGCUGUUGACAGCCCGAUAUUCAACAAGCUUUUGCUCAGUCCAUUUAUCCCCAGCAACCUUUUUACUGCUGCCCAUCUGUCCUCUCUUGCUAAUUGCUUGAAGGAAUCCACCUAUUGUCAGCCUCGAGUUCACAGUUUGUGGCCUGUUCUUUUAAAUAUUCUUUUACCUGAGAUGGUUUUGCAAGUCGAAGAUUCGGUGUCGGUUUCAAAUUCUUUAAAGAAACACAAGAAGAGUCGCAAGUGUAGCUCUUCUGAAGAAGAAAUAGCAAAAAAUUUUCAGUGCUUCUGUGAUGUUAUUAUUGAGGGAUCCCUUCUCAUGUCAUCUCAUGACCGUAAACACUUGGCAUUUGAUGUUCUGCUUCUUUCUCUCCGAAGGUUGCCUGCUUCUUUUGUCCCAAUUGUUCUGUCAUACAAACUUGUUCAGUGUCUGAUGGAUGUACUUUCCACAAAGGACUCUUGGCUGUAUAAAGUUGCACAGAAUUUUCUUAAAGAGUUGGUGGCUUGGGUUGGAGAUGACGACGUCAGAAGAGUUGCAGUUAUUAUUGGCCUACAGAAAAACAGCAGUGGAAAGUUUGAUAGCAUCACAAGGAUAAAAACAGUUAAAGAUUUGAUGGCUGGGUUCAAAACAGAAUCUGGUUGCAUGCUGUUUAUUCAGAACCUAACGAACUUGUUUGUAGAUGAAGGUAAUGCUUCAGAGGAACCCUCAGAUCAGAGUCAAACAACAGAUGACAAUUCAGAGAUAGGUUCAAUCGAGGAUAAGGAUUUGGUCGGGACAACAGGAAAUUCUGAUUUUUUGAAAACAUGGGUUGUAGAGUCUCUCCCCAGUAUUUUGAAAUAUUUGAAGCUGGAUCUUGAGGCAAAGUUUCGGGUGCAAAAAGAAAUUUUGAAAUUUCUGGCUGUUCAGGGUUUGUUCACUGCAUCUCUUGGCACUGAAGUGACAUCUUUUGAAUUACAAGAGAAGUUUAGGUGGCCAAAAGCAACCACAUCAAGUGCUCUUUGCAGGAUGUGUAUAGAGCAGCUCCAGUUAUUAUUGGCAAAUGCUCAAAAGGGAGAGGGGCCACGUGCUUUGGCUAAUGGCCUUGAGGCAAAUGAUCUUGGGGCUUACUUCAUGCGCUUCUUUAGUACAUUGUACAACAUUCCUUCUGUUUCCCUCUUUCGAAGUUUGAGUGAUGAUGACAAAAACACAUUCGAAAGAUUAGAAGCAAUGGAAAAAAGCCUUUAUAGAGAGGAAAGGAAUUGUGGGCUUAGUACUGAUGCAAAUAAAUUGCAUGUACUGAGGUACUUGCUCAUCCAGUUGCUUCUGCAAGUACUCCUUCGACCAGGGGAAUUCUCAGAAGCUGCCUCUGAACUUAUCAUCUGUUGCAAGAAAGCUUUUGCUGCUUUUGAUAUUCCUCCAUGCUCUGGAGAAGAUGAGAUGGAUGGUGAUUCGACACCUCAGUUAAUGGAUGUUCUUGUGGAUACAUUGCUUUCAUUGCUGCCGCAGUCAUCAAAUCCUAUGCGGACUGCUAUUGAGCAGGUUUUCAGAUAUUUUUGUGAUAAUAUCACGGAUGAUGGACUGCUGCGGAUGUUGCGGGUCAUUAAGAAAACUUUUAAACCGGCUAGACAUCAGGAGGCUGAGGAUGAAGAGGAUGAUAGUGACGAUGAAAAUUUUCUUGGUAUUGAGGAAGAUGAGGAAAUUGAUGAAGCUAAAACAGGUAAUACAGGUGAGACUGAUGAGCAUACAGAUGAUUCUGAGGCUGUUGUUGGUUCAGGGGAAGUUGGCAAAAGAGAUCCUGAAGCUUCCAGGGAUUCUGAUGGAGAGGAUGAUGAUGAUGAUGAUGAUGCAACUUCUGAUGAUUCUAAUGGAGGAACAGAUGAUAAUGCUGUGUCUGGGGAAGUUGGCAAAGAAGCUCUUGAUGCUUCUGAUGAUUCUGAUGGAGGAAUGGAUGAUGAUGCAAUGUUUCGGAUGGAUACUUACCUAGCCCAGAUUUUCAAAGAGCGAAAGAAUCAGGCUGAGGGUGAAAAUGCUCAUUCCCAGCUUGUACUGUUCAAACUUCGAGUCCUGUCAUUGCUGGAAAUUUACCUGCAUGAAAAUCCAGGUAAGCCCCAGGUUCUAACAGUGUAUUCAAACCUAGCUCAAGCAUUUGUUAGCCCACAUAUUGCAGAAGGUUCUGAACAGCUUGGACAGCGUAUAUGGGGAAUACUGCAAAAGAAGGUACUCAAAGCCAAAGACUAUCCAAAGGGUGAAGCUGUGCAGCUAACUACUCUUGAAUCUUUGUUAGAAAAGAACUUGAAGCUGGCAUCUAAACCAUUUAAGAGGAAGAAAUCUGCUGUUAGUCCAUCCAAGAAGAAGCAAUCAGCCUCCUGGACCCGACACAAAAUGGUUACUUCCCUUGCUCAAAGUUCAACCUUUUGGAUCCUGAAGAUCAUUGAUGCUGGAAAGUUUUCGGAGUCUGAACUCCAGAGGGUUCUUGAUAUUUUCCAGGGUGUUUUGGUGGGAUACUUUGAAAGUAAAAAGUCUCAAAUAAAAUCUGAAUUUUUGAAAGAAAUAUUUCGUAGAAGGCCAUGGAUUGGGCAUCAUCUCUUUGGCUUCCUUUUGGAGAAAUGUGGUAGCACUAAGUCAGAGUUCCGGCGAGUGGAAGCACUAGAUUUGGUUGCUGAGAUACUGAAAUCUCUGGUUUCCACUGAUGAAAGCGGCCAAGAUGCAUCAAAGAAAGUUAUGAAAAGCCAUCUGCGUGAACUCUGUGAUCUGAUAAAGGAUUUGGUAACAAACAUGCCAGAAAAGCAAUCGAGGCGGGCUGAAGUGCGGAAGUUUUGUGGCAAGGUCCUUCAGAUUAUAUCCAACCUUAACUUGAACAGGUCUUUUCUUAAACAUUUGGACUCAGAUGCUCAUGCUGCUUGCGAAGCUCAACUUGGUGAGAAUUUUGUUAAUUUGAAGAAAGUGGAAAGGUAGCACGAUUAGGAAAGAUAUUGGUGAAAAGACUUAGCAGAUUUGUUUUUGUCUACAUUCCUACAAUCCUAGGAAGAUUCUUUCAGUCAUGAAAUUUAGUGCUGAAAGUGAUAUGUUAAAAUAUCAACCAGAAUUUUCAGCUCUUCAGAUGGAUUGAACAGAAAUCUUCUUGGAGUUGUGGUCACUUUCUGGCUUUCUCUAAUUGGAGCUCCUUAACCUGUAAGGUGUCAGUUUCGUUGGACAGUGUCUGAUGUUGAAAUUUUGAAGUUUUGUCUGCAUUAGUAUUUAUUUAUUCUGUUGUCUCAUGAGUGUUUAUAUGGGAAGGGUUAUGGUCAUAGCCAGGAAAAUUUUGAAUUUACAGCUUACUUGAACCUAACUUUUUGUUAAAGAAUCCGUGGGACACGUAUUCUUGAACACAGUUACAUUUUGCUAAAUUUUUAAUGAUGGUAUUUCUCUCGA